UGUAACGGUAAACAAAUGGAGUUAUUCUUCCUUAUUGAUUCAUCUGGGAGCAUAGGACAAACAAACUUUGGUAUAGUAAAGGAAUUUGUGAAGAAUGUAUCAGCUGCACUAGACAUAGGACCCAACAAAACAAGAGUUGGCCUAAUGACUUACAGCCGCUACCCAUUCAUUCGAUUCAAUAUAAUUGACACGCUGAAUAAAAGCGAGGUUUUGGGCGAUGUGGAUAAUGUUCCAUACGUGUCAGGUUUGACUGAAACGCAUACAGCAUUACGUCUCUUACAACAAGAGGGUUAUUUUGGAUCCAGGUCAAAUGUCCCUCAUGUGGCGAUACUAAUAACAGAAGGAACAUCACUUCAUUCAAAUGAAACAAAGGCAGCCGCAGCAUCAUUACAUAGACAUAGAAUUCAGAUGUUUGUGCUUGGCAUUGGUCAAGCUAUUUCUUCAACAGAACUACACAAUAUUGCCACGGAUCCUGAUAAUAUGCAUUUGAUCACCGUGAAAAGAUACGAAUCUUUGCCUAGCAUACUUGAGAAACUGACAACACUGACAUGCGAUGUUCUGGCACGUACAUACACGCCAUUGACAACACCAAAACCAGUACUCAUCAAAUAUGCAGGCAGUGAACCCAUUCGUGAAUGUCUUGGAAAAGCAGCUGAUAUAGUGUUUGUGCUUGAUUCUACUACAACAUUGGGGCAAGCUCACUUCAAAAGUGUAAAACAUUUUGCACUGGACAUAGUAAAUGAUUUUGACAUUGCUGAUAAUGCCACUCGGAUUGGGGUUAUUUCAUUCAGCACAUAUCCGUUACUUCGACUGGAACUAGGCAAAAUUGAUGACAAACUUCAGCUUCUAAAUUCAAUAAACACUCUUAUAUACUAUACCGGAACAAGAGAAACUGACAGGGCUUUGGAACUUCUUCGUAUUGAAGGCUUUCUAAAUCAUCGCCCAGAAACACCAGACAUUGCAAUUUUAAUUACUGACGGAUCCUCAACUAAUUCAUUUCUCACGAUGAGAGCUGCUGAUGAAUUGAAACAAAGCGGUGUUGAAGUAUUUGUUGUUGGUGUCGGAGAAAACAUUGAUAUGAAAGAACUAGGAUACAUUUCAACUAAUCCUAAGGACCAUGUAUUUUCCGUUUCCAAUUUUGAAGAGUUCGAUCUAUCAAGUUUUGAAGGUGUUGUAGCAAGAACCAUAUGCACAGAUAUUCCGAUACUGACAACGAUCAGCACAACUUCAUCAACCAGUUCAACGUCAAAGCCGACAAGCACGCAGCAGUUUUCCUCUUCAAGUUCACCUUGGAUCUUCAGUGGAAAUGACACAACCGCCUGUUUCCCGGAGGUCAAAGAUAUCAUGUUCGUAGUUGAUAGUUCUAGUAGAAUUGGAGACCAAAACUUUUUAAAAAUGAAACAUUUCGUCAAACAAACAGUUGAAACAUUUAAUAUCGGACUGAAUUUAACUCGUGUUGGUUUGAUUCUUUUCAGUACAAAUGCUACAAUGGUAUUCCCCUUGGACAAGUACAAUGCAUCACAAGAGAUACUUGAUGCUGUAGAAAAUAUUGUGUACAAUCCAGUCGAUAAGACAAAUAUAGGUGGCGUGUUAGAGUAUGUUCGCAAACACGGAUUCACCUAUGAUCGCCAAGAUGUUCCAAACAUAGCGUUUUUAAUCACGGAUGGUUAUUCAUCCGAUAAAAAUUCAACGAAGCUACAGGCCCGUCUAGCCAAGCAAAACAAUACAAUACAGAUUUUGACCACUGCAGUUGGCCAAUUCGUAGACUUUGAUGAGCUGGUGGACAUAGCUAGCAAUAACCCGUAUACAAACCAAAGCCUUAUAUACCAUGUUGAUGAUUUCGACGAUCUUCACGUAAUGUCUCUAGAAGAUGUUUUUACCAGCGUCAUAUGUGGAUUUGAAAUGUCUACUUUACAGCCUAAAGUGUCGAUGUCAACAUUGUUUGCUUCGGUGACACAACCUUGUUAUGAUAAAGUGAAAACAUGUUCCGAGUAUCAAGAGAAUAUGUGUACAAGUUACCGUCCUUGGGCAAUGGAACAUUGCAAACAGUAUUGUGGGUUUUGCCAAGGGACCACUACCGCAGCAAAACCAUGUGUAGAUGAGAUAGGCAAUUGUCACGAAUAUGGUCUUGAUAUAUGCACUUCAACAGCUUUCAGGAAAUGGACAAAGGACCACUGCCCCAAAUUUUGUGGGCUUUGUGGUGCAGAUACAACAAGUUCAACGCUUACGACAACAACAACCACUGCAAAAGCCACUUCAGCCACAUAUAAAGGCAUGUUAGCGACGGCAACUUCGUUGUCUUCUUGAGCUUAUGCGUAAACAAAAUAGGUAGCUGUGAAGAAUUUGGUACACUUAUAUGUACCGAUAAUCAACGAUGGGCACAGGAUCAUUGUCGAAAAUACUGUGGGUUUUGUCAAGUAUCGAUGUCAACAAUGUUUGCUUCGGUGACACCACCUUGUUAUGAUCAAGUGAAAAAUUGUGCCGACUACCGAGAAGAUAUGUGUACAAGUUACCGUCCUUGGGCAAUGGGACAUUGUAAACAGUAUUGUGGGUUUUGCCAAGGGACCACUACCGCAGCAAAACCAUGCGUCGAUAACAUAGGCAAUUGUCAUAAAUAUGGACUUGAUAUAUGCACUUCAACAGCUUUCAGGAAAUGGACAAAGGACAACUGCCCACAUUUUUGUGGGCUUUGUGUUUCAGAUACAACAACCAGUUCAACGCUAACAACAACAACAACAACAACAUCCACAGUAAAAGCAACUUCUGCCAUGAUGACUUAUAAAGGCUUGUUAGCGACGGCAACUUCGUUGUCUUCUGCGAGCUUAUGUGCAAACAAAUUUGGUAACUGUGAUGAAUUUGGUAUAGAUAUAUGUACCGAUUAUCAACAAUGGGCAAAGGAUCAUUGUCGGCAAUACUGUGGUUUUUGUCAAGAUGCAACAACCUCGGCUGCCUUGUCAACCGCUCCAUAAAUUGGACAAUGUAGAAAACUUUUACAGUUUGCUAAACAGAAAACUGAUUCGUAACCAAUGGGUGGACACUACUUGUAAAUACGCAACACGAUAUAUGGAUAUAUAUAGCUAUCUAAUUGACAUGAAAGUAUAUCUUACAACAUCUUUACAUUAAUUUCCACAUAUCAAGUUAUAAUUCAUUGCACCAAGAAGGGAGUCACUAAAAUCUAUAAGAAAUAUUUUGGAAACAACACAAUACGCAAGCAAGCCAAUAAUAGUAGAGCUGGUUUGUGGGAAAACAUGAACAGUGCAAAACCUUUCAUGCCCACUAGAACCAACCAAGCUUUUGGCCUGCUGGCGGCAAAUGAUUCUGCCUUUGCGUCCAGUGCAGACCAAGAUGGACCAGAUCAUUGUAGAAAUGUAACAGGCUAAAGGUUAAGAAGAACUCUAUUAUACAGAACAUAAGCGGAACGUUGUCAUACGGAAUAUUCCCACAUAGACCCAAAGAACUAAUUUAAAAGAACAUAACGCCAAUAUGCCAAUUCUACAGAGCAUGUCGGAGACAACUAUCGUGUCUCUAUUGAUGCCUAUCUGUGUAUUUUCUAAUUUAAAAUAUUUUCCUUACAACUACUCCUGUUGAUAUGAAUCCGUACUAUUUAGCUUACUCUAUCAAAGUACAUGUAUAAUGUAUAAUGUACAAGGAAAUGAAAGUUAAAAUCAAAAAUAGUUUUAAUAAAUAUAGACUAUUGUAUGUGUAUGAUUUGUACAGAACCUCCUUGUGUCAAAAUGAAAUUAUAUAUUACU